AUGUCCGCGCGGCGUCUUUUUACACGAGGUAUUCCGGUUGCGACAAUGGCUAUUGCCGUAUGUAUUGUAAUUUUUUUGAUAUUUCCCGCGUCCUCGUUGCGACCGCUUCCUGUCGCGGCGGAGGGAGAGGAGGUGGAGCGGCACUGCCCCCGUUGCCCUAUCUGCUCCGCCCGUGGCACACCGUUUUUCUUAAGGCUGCGUUAUUGCGUCUUGACUUCGCUUCCUGCGGUCUUGGUGAAGCGGGAGUUCUCCGUUGAAAAGGAUGAGAAAUUGCGUCAUCGCGUCAUGGAGGAUGUGAAGGAACUUCUUCUUACACGACUUGUGGGACAAGAACAUUUGAAGGGUGUCAUUCUAGAGGCGGUAAGGCGCAAGUUGAUUUACCCGCGGGAUCCACUUGUAUUACACUUUGCAGGGGACAAUGGGGUUGGCAAGACGCAUACUGCACGUCUUUUGUCUCUAGCCACAUCACCGCAUUGUGCCCCAUCCCGCCCAGCGUGCGACAUGGGUGAAAACAUGCUUGUCAUCUCCGGUACAGGUUUUGAUGGGAUGCCGAUAGAGGACGCACGGACUCGUAUCAUACAACGUGUGACAGCUCACCAGAAGGUGUAUCCGCACGGUAUUGUGUUACUUGAUGAUCUAGCGGCAAUGCACCCGAAACUUGUGGCUGCACUUGCGCCACUCCUUGGACGAGCAGAACGUUUUGAGGAACAACCAGAGGGUACGCCAUCCCUUGCGCAGUUAAUUGUUAUUGUGACCACUGACUUUGGGAAGCAGGGACGCACGUGGGGGAAAAGCAUGGCGGAAAUUGAGCAACUGGUUCGUGAUGAGUUUGCUGGUCUUUAUGGGACACUCCUCUCUGCCUUUACACGUACGAUGCUUUUUCUUCCCUUCUCUAGGCACGAUGCGGAGGAAAUGAUUAGAAUUGCCGUGGCCGCCCUGCCAUGUGGAACGUACUGGAACAAGGGGGCGGUUGUAACGAGCAGCAUUGAGGAUUUGGCGGUCACCUUCCUUGUGGAGCGUCACCGUGAAACAUGGGAGGGAAGAGAGAAUGGUCAUUCUUUACGACGCGCCGUGGAGGACAGUUUAGUCUCGCUGUUGUUACAGUACUUUGACCAGCAUGGGCACGACAAAUUCGUUUGGGCUCAUUUUCGCCUUGAUGAGCGGGCGGCGAAAAUUGUUCUAAGCACCGGUUGGAACUACGACCACAUGGAGACGAGUAGUGAAGAGUUUUUUGGCGUUGCUAUAGAGGCUGAAGGGACGGUUCUCUCUGGGGAAGAUAAAGAAGGAGGGGGAGAAGAUGUUGCCGAGAAGGGAAAACAUGCAUCCACAUUUAACGGGGAUUUGUGA